AUGGACUUCAGCCGGGCUUCUCACUUUCCGUCUCAUUUGUUUUAUGCUGACGAUAUCCUUAUCUUUUGCAAGGCUUCACUCAGGAACGCGCGAAAGAUUAAAGAGAUUCUGGAUUUCUAUGGUGGUCUGUCAAGCCAAAUUUGCAACUCUCAAAAGUCUCAUAUGUUUUUCUCGAAAGGAGUGUCUCCGGCUAUGCAGAGGGGUAUUGUCAGUGAGCUCGGUUUUGGAGUUGGCAGCCUUCCUGUCAACUACCUGGGUGUUCCACUUUUUGCAGAUUUUGCUUUUGAGGUUCUUCGUACUAGGUAUUUGGACAAUUUCAGCCAUGCUAAAUGGGCCUUGGCGUCUUCUCUUUUUUGGACGAGCAUUCGCGACUUGUUCCCGGAUGUGGUGGUGGAUAUGCUCCUCAUCCCGAUUGGUGAUGAGAAAGAUGCGCAUUAUUGGAAGCCGUCUGCUACGGGAAAAGUCACCUCGGCUUUAGCCUAUGCUGAAGUCUGCCGAGCUAGUCAGCUCUGGCGGCGGAAUCCAGCUCUGACGGGUUGGUCAGCGCUGGCAAUUGAGCUCAGCUCUGUCGGGCUGGUCAGCUCUAACGUGUGGAUUCAGCUCUGCCGGGCUUGUCAGUUCUGGCAGUUGGAGUGCUGUUGA